CGAACCGCUCAGAAUUUAGGUUAUUCAUUAAAAGCAAUGUCCAAUUGAUUGCCAGUCAUAUUAAAAACGAACAAAACUGAAGAUUUAUGAUUGCCGUACCUGCGAUUGGACGAGAUUCACUGUUGAAUAUGUAGCGUAUAUAAGUAUGUGUGUAUGUUUAGUGUACAUGCACGUGUGGUUGAAAUGAAGAGAUAAAAAUAAAAAUGAAAAUGACCGCCACAACUGUGUGAAAGAAAAAAGAUUAGUAUCGAUUGUAGCGUUCGGAAAUUCAGCGGAAAUGUUGAAUUGGAGGGAUUGUACUUUUGAAAAUCAGGUUCACAAAAUGGUAGGAUUUAUUGAGCAAGAGGGCAAAGAACGAUCUGCAGAGAUUUUAAGUCGCGCUGAGGAAGAGUACAACCUAUUGGUCGGUCGCCUGGUCCAAAUUUCCAGACUCAACAUAAUGAGAGAGUAUGAGCAAAUGGAUAAACAAAUAGCAAAAUCAAAAAUUAUGUAAGUAUAUCGUACAUCCCUGCAUAUUUUUGCAGUCUCUUCCACUUCUAUUAUCAAGAAGCGCUUAAAGAUCACCGAAAA